UAUUUUCCCAUUCACUUGUUCAAUCUAAAAAGCCUUCAUCUAUUUAUCUUUUAUUCUUUCUAUCACUAGAAUCUGCCUUGAUAACAAAACCAAAUAUGUCUAAUGAUAUCCCCGAUGGCCACGUCAAGAUUCCCACCACCGUGAAGUUCACCAAGCUCUUCAUCAAUGGACAAUUUGUCGAUUCCCUUUCAGGGAGUGAGUUUGAGACAAUAGAUCCAAGAACAGGAGAGGUAAUUGCGAGAAUCUCGGAAGGAAGAAAAGAAGAUAUUGAUGCUGCCGUCGAAGCGGCGCGUGAAGCAUUUGACACCGGUCCAUGGCCUCGCAUGGCCGGAGCUAAGAGGGCCAAAAUCAUGCUGAAAUGGGCAGAUCUGAUUGAUCAAAACGCAUCAGAGUUAGCAGCAUUGGAUGCCAUUGAUGCUGGAAAGUUGUACAAUAGGUGCAAGGCCCAAGAAAUUCCUGCAGCAGCGAAUAUGCUACGCUACUAUGCCGGUGCUGCCGAUAAGAUCCAUGGUGAGGUGCUAAAAGCUUCUGGAGAGUUCCAUGCAUAUACUUUGAUGGAACCGGUUGGUGUUGUUGGACACAUCAUUCCAUGGAAUUUUCCUAGUAAUAUGUUUUUAACUAAGGUUAGUCCAGCAUUGGCUGCUGGUUGCACCAUGGUACUUAAACCUGCCGAACAAACACCGCUGUCGGCUUUGUUUUAUGCUCAUUUAGCUAAGCAGGCUGGAAUUCCAGAUGGUGUGCUCAAUGUAGUACCAGGAUUUGGACCCACUGCUGGUGCCGCAAUAUCCUCACACAUGAAUGUUGACAAGUGUUGUAUGUGUGUGCAGGUUAGCUUCACCGGUUCGACGGAGGUAGGCCGUGAAAUAAUGCAUGCUGCAGCUAGCAGCAACUUGAAACAAGUUUCACUUGAAUUAGGAGGAAAGUCACCUCUUCUAAUCUUUGAUGAUGCUGAUGUAGAUAAAGCUGCUAGCCUUGCUCUCUUGGGCAUAGUAUAUAACAAGGGUGAGAUAUGUGUUGCAAGUUCACGUGUGUUUGUUCAGGAAGGGAUAUAUGAUGAAUUUGAGAAGAAGUUGGUAGAGAAAGCAAAAGCUUGGGUUGUUGGUGAUCCUUUUGACCCUAAAUCUCAGCAAGGCCCUCAGGUUGAUAAAAAGCAAUUUGAGAAAAUUCUUUCCUACAUAGAGCAUGGAAAGAAAGAAGGAGCCACCCUUUUAUAUGGGGGUAAAAGAUUAGGAGACAACGGCUACUACAUUGAGCCAACAAUUUUCUCUGAUGUUAAGGGGGACAUGCUUAUAGCACAAGAUGAAAUAUUUGGCCCUGUGAUGUCACUAAUGAAAUUCAAGACUAUUGAAGAGGCAAUUAUGAGGGCUAAUAACACCAAAUAUGGGCUAGCAGGAAUUGUGACAAAGAAUUUGGAUAUUGCAAACACAGUGUCCAGAUCCAUUCGUGCAGGCAUUGUUUGGAUCAACUGCUAUUUCAUAUUUGGGAGUGACAUUCCUUAUGGAGGGUAUAAGCAGAGUGGAUUUGGAAGAGAAUAUGGAAUGCAAGCACUCCACCAGUACCUGCAACAGAAAUCUGUUGUAACUCCAAUUUACAACUCUCCUUGGCUUUGAAUUCAAUGUUUCCUCUAUCAAAUAAAAUGGAUCCAAUGAAACUUUUUGAAGCUAUGUAUACCUUUCCUCAUACGUAAAAUUCCCACUUUAUGAAA